AUGGCAUCAUAUACCGUAUCAUCCACUAAAUCAUAUAUGCAAGCAAUGCAACCAAUGAUAGAAGCAUUGAAUCAAUUCAAAACAAAUCAGUCAAACGUUCCAAAUAUAGAUUCAGAAAAUGCAAAAUUUACACCAAUUGAUAAAAUAUUAAAUAAAUUCAAAGAUGUAAAUAUAGAGAUAUUAGAUUCAAUAGAUAGAUCUAAUGUUGCAAAUACCAUACAAGAAAUUGAAACAGAAUGUAAUUUAAUUAGUCCCACAACUUUUCCCAUGGUUAAAUCAUUAAUUUUUGAUAAUUCAAGUGAUGAACAAUUACAAAGUUCUUUAUUUGAUAUAUUAGGAUUUGACAAAUUUGAAUUAAUUUCCAAAAUAAUCCAGAAUAAACAUUCGUUUCAACAAAAUACUGGUUUAUUAACUGCUGAAGAUAGAGUACAACAAAUUUUUGAUAAUCGACUACGAACUAAAAAUCAAGAAUUGGCUCCAAAAUCAUUAAAUCAAAAGUAUCCUCAUGUUUACAAAGUUGAUAUACCGAAUAUACCAGGUCAAAAAUUGGCAUUAUCAAAGGGAACUACAAGAACUUCAUAUCCAGUAUAUGAAGAAUUAAUUAUACCGUACCCUGAAGAAUCGAAUAAUAAAUGGAUAAAUAAAAAUCAACUUGUCAAGAUUAAAGAUUUGGAUUUUAUAUGUCAAGGUACUUUUAAAAAUUAUACAAGUUUGAAUAAAAUGCAAAGUUUGAUUUAUCCAGUUGCGUAUAAUACAAAUGAGAAUAUGUUAGUUUGUGCUCCAACUGGAGCUGGUAAAACUGAUGUUGCAUUAUUAACUAUAUUACAUACUGUUAAUCAAUUUAUGACUGAAACUUUAGGAGAUGAAGUAACUAUAGAUAUAGAUUAUGAUGAGUUUAAAAUUGUUUAUGUUGCUCCUUUGAAAGCAUUAGCAAGUGAAAUUGUUGAAAAAUAUUCGAAGAAAUUAAAAUGGUUAGGUAUAUCGGUUAGAGAAUUAACUGGUGAUAUGCAAUUAACAAGACAAGAAAUUAUGAAUACUCAAAUUAUAGUGACAACACCUGAAAAAUGGGAUGUUGUUACUAGAAAAUCAAAUGGUGAUAGUGAAUUAGUUGCAAAGGUCAAACUUUUAAUCAUAGAUGAAGUACAUUUAUUACAUGAAGAUAGAGGUUCAGUUAUUGAAACUUUAGUAGCACGUACGCUUCGACAAGUUGAAAGCACACAACUGAUGAUUAGAGUUAUUGGUUUGUCUGCUACAUUACCUAACUUUAUGGAUGUUGCUGAUUUCCUAGGAGUAAAUAGAAAUGUUGGUAUGUUUUAUUUUGAUCAAUCAUUUAGACCAGUUCCAUUACAACAACAAGUUUUAGGUGUUAGAGGCAAGGCAGGUUCAAAAUUGGCUAGAGAAAAUUUAGAUAAAAUAGCUUAUGAAAAAUUGAUUGAAUAUAUUAAUCAAGGUUUACAAGUUAUGAUUUUUGUUCAUUCAAGAAAAGAAACUGUAAAUACUGCUAGAAAUUUUAUACAAUUAGCUCAAGAUCAUAAUGAAUUAGGAUUAUUUGAUUGUUCUGAAAAUGAAUCAUUUCAAAAAUAUAGUAAAGAAGCAAUGAGAACUAAUAGAUCAAGAGAAUUAAAAGAAUUAUUUCCAAAAGGUUUUGGUACUCAUCAUGCUGGUAUGUUAAGAUCAGAUCGAAAUUUAACUGAAAAAAUGUUUGAAAGUGGUGCUAUAAAAGUACUUUAUUGUACUGCUACAUUAGCUUGGGGUGUUAAUUUACCAGCUGCAGUUGUAAUUAUAAAAGGUACCCAAGUUUAUAAUUCAAAAGCUGGUGGCUUUUGUGAUUUAGGUAUAUCUGAUGUUAUUCAAAUUUUUGGACGAGCUGGUAGACCACAAUAUGAAAAAUUCGGUACUGGUAUACUAUGUACAACUAGUGACAAGAUGGAUCAUUAUACAAGUUUGUUAACUCAACAACAUCCAAUUGAAUCAAAAUUUAGAGAUAAAUUGAUUGAUAAUUUAAAUGCUGAAAUUUCUUUAGGUUCAGUUACAAAUGUUGAUGAAGGUGUACAAUGGUUGGGAUAUACUUAUAUGAUUACCAGGAUGAAGAAAAAUCCAUUUGCUUAUGCUAUGUCCUGGCAAGAAAUUCAGGAAGAUCCAAUGUUGUUUGAAAAAAGAAGGGGAAUGAUAGUUACUUGUGCCAAAAGGUUACAUAAACUACAAAUGAUUAUAUUUGAUGAAGACACUGGUUCAUUUACACCAAAAGAUUUAGGUAGAAUUGCAUCAGAUUUUUAUUUAUUAAGUAAUUCAGUUGAAAUUUUCAAUCAAAUGAUUAAUCCAUUAGCUACUGAAGCUGAUAUUUUAUCAAUGAUAAGUAUGAGUAGUGAAUUUGAUGGGAUUAAAUUUAGAGAAGAAGAAAGUAAGGAAUUAAAACAACUAUUAGAAGAUGAUGCACCAUGUCAAGUUGGUGGUGAUAUAGAUUCAUCCCAAGGCAAAACAAAUAUUUUACUUCAAGCAUUUAUCUCCCAAGCUAAUAUCAAAGAAUCUGCUUUAAUUUCAGAUUCAAAUUAUGUUGCUCAAAAUUCAGCUAGAAUUUGUCGUGCUUUAUUUUUAAUUGCAAUGAAUAGAAAAUGGGGUAAAUUAAUGAAUAUAAUGUUAUCCAUCUGUAAGUCUAUUGACAAAAGAAUUUGGUCAUUUGAACAUCCAUUAUGUCAAUUUGAUUUAUCUGAACCAGUAUUACGAGAUAUAAGAUCAAAGAAUCCUUCAAUUGAAAUGUUGAGAGAUAUGGAAUCUGGAGAGUUGGGUGAUUUAGUUCAUAAUAAACUGAUGGGUCCUAUACUUUAUAAAUUAAUUGGUAAAUUCCCUUAUAUUGAAGUUUAUCUGGAAAUUUUUCCAAUUACAACAAAUGUAAUGAGAAUUCAUCUAAAUUUACAACCUGAUUUUGUAUGGGAUGAAAGAUAUCAUGGUAAUGCUCAAAUAUUUUGGCUUACAGUUGAAGAAUCCGAUAAAUCUGAAAUAUUACAUGUUGAAAAAGUUAUUAUAAAUAAAAAACAAUUGAAUCAUGAUUUAGACUUUAUGAUUCCAUUAUCUGAUCCAUUGCCUCCACAAGUUGUUGUUAAAAUUGUUUCUGAUUUAUGGAUUGGUUCAGAAACCGUUCACACAAUUUCAUUUCAACAUUUAAUUAGACCUUCAAAUGAAACAAUGAAAACAGAAUUAUUAAGGUUACAACCAUUACCAACCACAGCUUUACAUAAUCCCGAAAUUGAAUCAAUUUAUAAAUUUAAAUAUUUUAAUCCUAUGCAAACAAUGAUUUUCCAUUCAUUAUAUAAUUCAAAUUCAAAUGUAUUUGUUGGUUCACCAACGGGAUCUGGGAAAACAGUUGUAGCUGAAUUAGCUAUAUGGCAUGCAUUUAAUGAAUUCCCAUCUUCAAAAAUAGUUUAUAUUGCACCAAUGAAAGCAUUAGUCAGAGAAAGAGUUGAUGAUUGGAGGAAAAGAAUUUGUUCAAAUACAAAUCAUAAAUUGGUCGAAUUAACUGGUGAUUCAUUACCUUCAAUUACCGAAGUUAAACAAGCUGAUAUACUCAUUACAACACCUGAAAAAUUUGAUGGAAUUUCACGUAAUUGGCAAACAAGAAAAUUUGUUCAACAAGUUUCAUUAGUUAUCAUGGAUGAAAUUCAUUUAUUAGCAAGUGAUCGUGGUCCAAUUCUAGAAAUGAUUGUAUCUCGUAUGAAUUAUAUAUCUAAUCAAACUAAAAAGCCAAUUAGAUUAUUAGGUAUGUCUACAGCAGUUUCAAAUGCUUUUGAUAUGGCAAGUUGGUUAGGUGUUAAAGAUGGUUUGUUCAAUUUUCCACAAUCAGUUAGACCUGUUCCAUUACAAAUGUAUAUUGAUGGAUUCCCAGAUAAUCUUGCAUUUUGUCCAUUAAUGAAAACAAUGAAUAAACCAGCAUUUAUGGCUAUAAAACAACAUUCACCAGAUAAACCAGUAUUAGUUUUUGUUGCAUCUAGAAGACAAACAAGAUUGACUGCAUUAGAUCUAAUACAUUUAUGUGGUAUAGAAUCAAAUCCUCGAAGAUUUUUAAAAAUUGAUGAUUUUGAAUUAGAAGGAAUUUUAGAAAAUGUUAAAGAUGAUACAUUGAAGUUAUCGUUACAAUUUGGUAUGGGUUUACAUCAUGCUGGUUUAGUUGAAAGUGAUCGUCAAAUAUCACAUAAAUUAUUUGAAAGUGGUAAAAUUCAAAUUUUAAUUGCAACUUCAACUUUAGCUUGGGGUGUUAAUUUACCAGCUCAUUUAGUUAUAAUCAAGGGUACCCAAUUUUUUGAUGCUAAAAUUGAAGCUUAUAGAGAUAUGGAUUUAACUGAUAUUUUACAAAUGAUGGGUAGAGCUGGUCGUCCAGCUUAUGAUAUUAAUGGUAUUGCAAUUGUAUAUACCAAAGAAUCUAAAAAGGUAUUUUAUAAACAUUUUUUGAAUUUAGGAUUUCCAGUUGAGUCAUCAUUACAUAAAGUUUUAGAUAAUCAUAUUGGUGCUGAAAUAUCUGCUGGUACAAUUACAACAAGACAAGAAGCAAUGGAAUUUUUAACAUGGACUUUUUUAUAUAGAAGGACUCAUAAUAAUCCAACAUAUUAUGGUAUUGAAGAUUUAUCACAGUAUGGUAUUUCUCAAUAUUUAGCUAAAUUAAUAGAUUCUACAAUUGAAAACUUAAUACAAUCCCAAUGUAUUUAUUUAAGUGGAUCAGAUAAAUUAGAGGCAACACCAUUUUUACAUAUAUCAUCAUAUUAUUAUCUUUCACAUUUAACAAUGAGAAAUUUUGUGAAGACUAUAAAACAAGAUUCAGAUUUUAGAGAUUGCUUAAAAUUAUUAUGUCAAGCAACUGAAUAUAAUGAAUUAGCAACUAGACAUGGAGAAGAAUUGAUCAAUUUAGAAAUGUCACAAGCAAUGAGGUAUCAAGCUGAAGAUAUGAAUUGUGAAUUUAUAUGGGAUCCUCAUGUUAAAGCAUAUUUAUUAAUACAAGCAUUUAUGAGUAGAGUUGAAUUACCAAUUGCUGAUUAUGCACAAGAUACAAUUUCAGUUUUAGAUCAAUCAUUACGUAUUUUACAAGCUUAUAUUGAUGCAUCAGCAGAAUUAGGUUAUUAUAAAGUUGUAACUACAUUUAUUUUAUUGAUGCAAUGUAUAAAACAAAGAUAUUGGUAUGAUGAUGAUCCUGUAAGUGCAUUACUUGGAAUUUUAAAACCAGGAAAAUCAAUCUCAUUAAAUCAGUUAGGUCAAAUGGGAGUUGAAAAGUUGAAUAAAUUUGCAGAUAAUCAUGGAGGUGACAAGGAAUUUGUAAGAAUAGCAUCUCAUUUACCAACUGGGAAAUUUAAUAUCAAUCAAGAAGAACGAGAUGUUUUGUAUGUAUCGGUAGUUCAUGAUAACUACCCAUUAAAUAAUGAAUUUAAAGUUUAUACACCAUAUUUUCCAAAAUCACAAAGAGAGUCUUGGUUUAUAAUAGUUCAUGACGGAACUGAAUUAUUGUUACUUAAAAGAGCUAGUCCAAUAUUACAAGGUAAAAAGGGAUUGGUCAAAUGUGAAUUAGAUAUACCUGAUGAUUUAUUUGGUAAAGAAGUUUACAUUAAUUGUAUCAAUGAUGGUUUAGAUAUUCAAUAUCUGAAGAAAAUAAAAUUACUUUAA